UAAAAGACAGACAGGGCAUUCCAGGCAGGAGGUUGCCAGCCCUGCUUUGAUAUAGUUAUCAUUGCAGAGGAACCCUACUCAAGCCUUACAACAGCACAAUCCUAACAAUAUCUGCUGAGAAGAGGAGUCUGGGGGAUCGUGUCUGAGGGGGAACCAUCAGAAAUGUUACCAGAAAGACCUGAGGAGCAGAAGAUGGAACAAAAAUUGGGGAGUCAAGAUGGAGUAGAGAGAAGAGAAGAGCAAAAUGCAGAAACUGGAUGAAUCCAGAGCUUCCCACAGUGGUGAAUGUAAAAUUCAGCAGGAAACUCAUCACCUAAAGGAAAUGAGAAUGCCUCCUGAGUGCAGUAAAAUCUUAAGCUGCCAAGAAGGCCUAAAUCAGCGAGGGCAUAUGAGUCACAGAGAGGAGAAAAAGUAUGAAUGUUUGGAGUGUGGAAAGAGCUUCAGUCAGAGCAGCAACCUUACUGUGCAUCAAAGAACUCAUACAGGGGAGAAACCUUAUAAAUGCUUGGAGUGUGGAAAGAGCUUCUGUGGGAGUGGCACCCUUACUUUGCAUCAAAGAACUCACACAGGGGAGAAACCUUAUAAAUGCUUGGAGUGUGGAAAGAGUUUCAAUCGGAGUGGCACCCUUACUGAGCAUCACAGAACUCAUACAGGGGAGAAACCAUAUAAAUGCUUCGAGUGUGGAAAGAGCUUCAGUCAUAAUGGCGCCCUUACUGUUCAUCAAAGAACUCAUACAGGGGAGAAACCUUAUAAAUGCUUGGAGUGUGGAAAGAGCUUCAUUCAGAGAGGCCUCCUAACUGUGCAUCACAGAACUCAUACGGGGGAGAAACCUUAUAAAUGCGUGGAGUGUGGAAAGAGCUUCAGUCGGAGUGACGCCCUUACUGAGCAUCAAAGAACUCAUACAGGGGAGAAACCUUAUAAAUGCUUGGAGUGUGGAAAGAGUUUCAAUCGGAGUGGCGACCUUACUGAGCAUCAAAGAACUCAUACAGGGGAGAAACCUUAUAAAUGCUUGGAGUGUGGCAAGAGCUUCAGUCACAGUGGCAACCUUACUUUGCAUCAAAGAACUCAUACAGGGUACAAACCUUAUAAAUGCUUGGAGUGUGGAAAGAGUUUCAAUCGGAGUGGCACCCUUACUGAGCAUCAAAGAACUCAUACAGGGGACAAACCUUAUAAAUGCGUGGAGUGUGGAAAGAGUUUCAAUCGGAGUGGCGCCCUUACUGAGCAUGAAAGAACUCAUACAGGGGAGAAACCUUAUAAAUGCGUAGAGUGUGGAAAGAGCUUUAGUCAUAAUGGCACCCUUACUUCGCAUCAAAGAACUCAUACAGGGGACAAACCUUAUAUAUGCUUGGAGUGUGGAAAGAGUUUUAGUCGGAGUGGGGCCCUUACUGAGCAUCAAAGAACUCAUACAGGGGAGAAACCUUAUAAAUGCUUGGAGUGUGGAAAGAGUUUCAGUCGGAGUGGCGCCCUUACUGAGCAUCAAAGAAUUCAUACAGGGGAGAAACCUUAUAAAUGCUUGGAGUGUGGAAAGAGUUUCAAUCGGAGUGGCGACCUUACUGAGCAUCAAAGAACUCAUACAGGGGAGAAACCUUAUAAAUGCUUGGAGUGUGGAAAGAGUUUCAGUCGGAGUGGCGCCCUUACUGAGCAUCAUAGAACUCAUACAGGGGAGAAACCUUAUAAAUGCUUGGAGUGUGGAAAGAGUUUCAGUCGGAGUGGCGACCUUACUGAGCAUCAUAGAACUCAUACAGGGGAGAAACCUUAUAAAUGCUUCAAGUGUGGAAAGAGCUUCAGUCAGAGCAGCACCCUUACCAAGCAUCAAAGAACUCACACAGGGGAGAAAACCUAUAAAUGCUUGGAAUGUGGAAAGAGCUUCAGUCACAGUGAUAAAUUUACUUCGCAUCGAAGAAGUCAUGCAGGGGACAAACUUUGUUAAUGUUUGGAGCGUGGAAAGAGUCAGAAUGGCACAUCAAAUCAUCCACACGGGAAAAGCUAUGUAAAUUCUUUUAAUAUGGAAGACAUUUUAAGCACAAUUCCAGCCUUAAUGUACAUCAAAGGAUCCAUACCGUGUAGAGCCUUAUAAGUGUCUGGAGUAUUGAAAGAGGACAGGAGAGCAACCAUGGGGAAUCACUGAAAAUUGAACAAAACCCAGGAGAGGAAGAAACCUCAAGGUGCCAAGUCAAACAGAGAGCUGAAAGUAGCAAGAAUGUGCAGUGUUCAUAUGUUAAUUUAGGCCCAUUGCAUUUCAGGUCAAAAAGAUCCUUCUUCAAGGGCAACCUUCAAUCAAAUGCAGACUCCAUUAAUAAAUCAUGAGAUAAUAACACUUGAAAAUUUAAAUAAGUACAAAACCGACAACAUACUUUGUUAGUGGUUUAGUUGUUAUCUAAACUUUUAAGGCUUAUUACCUUAUGAUUUAUUUAUGUAGCCUCUAUUUGAUUGGAAGUUGCACUUGAAGAAAGGUCUUGCUGCCCUGAAACAUCGCAAAAAAGGGGGGAGAACCCCCCAAAAUGCCACACAAGAUCAGGGAGAUAAAAAAAAAUUUCAAAGUCGUUUUUAUUGUAUAAAUCUGUAUUGGAACUUGCCCAACGCGUUUCAGCCCAACCAGGGCUUUCAUCAGGGGCUAUAAACAUAAGAGAAAAUUACAAUGAAAUGGACAGACCUUUAUCACUUACAUAUCUAAAAUUAAGGAAUACUAUGAGUAUAACAACAUAUAUUUUGUGACUUAACAGUUCUAAUGAUAUUUUCUUUAAAAGUAAACUUUUUGGAUUUCUUUUACACAAAUGUAAAUACAGAAUCUUUACUUUAAAUUGCAAACAUAAACUUGGAUAAAAAAGUAUUGUUAUACGUCAUGUUGUAAAAAAUAUAAAAAGGCAUUGUUAUACUUAAUAAUUAAAAUUUUUCUUAUAGCAACAAAGCAUGAUGAUUCCAUCAUAUAUAAAAAUAUACCAAGGAUUGAAUUGUUUUGUAAUAGUUUCCAAGAGUAGAAAACAAAACAUGUAUAAGGUUAUUUCAACUUAUGAGAAACAAUAUAACUAAACAGACAUUACUUGUACUCACAUGUUUGUAAAUCUAAAGAAAUUUCUUUGUGUAAAAACAAAGUAACUACAACUUUUCUCAAAAGCACCAUAGGCUAAAUAAUUUUAUAAUGGUUUACAGAAGGAAACUAUAUGACUUAUAUAGGUUUUUUUAUUUAAAAAAAUUUUUUUUAACACAUGGUAAUUAAUUUGACCUUUAGGUGUAGGAUUAGUUACACCUGGAGUACACCUUAUGUAAAAGUCAAAUAAAACUAGUUACAUAAAUCAUUAAAUUUAAAUAUACAAAUAUUGUUAUAAGAGAGGAACCAAUGCGAAAUCUUCAUUUAAUCCAUUUGGUAUUAUAGUUUUAAGUCUUAAAAUCCAUUCUAUUUCUUUUUUGUUAAGAAGAAACAAAGGAGAUGCUCCUUGUAUCUUCUGUAAAACCCAAAAUUUAAAUCCUGUUCUGAUGUAUUGAGUGCAUUGAAGACAAUGUGAAACCAAAGGUGCCCCUAUUCUUUUAUUCUUAAUGUUGCUCAAAUGUUCUCCAAUUCGUAUUUUCACUUUCCUUGUUGUUUGUCCCACAUAUAAUUUCAAACAUCCGCAUUGAAUUACAUAGAUUACUUGAUCAGUAUUACAAUUUGAAAAAUGAUAUAAUGUGUAUUUUCUUUGAUCUCUGUGAUUGAUGAAAUGAAAAGUUUUAGAGGUGUAUUUACACAUUGUGCAAUGGCCACACGGAUGAUGACCCACUGGUGGAUUGAUAUUUGGAAAGAUAUAAGAAGAAGAGGACACAUAUUCUUUAAAAUCACUCUUAAUCAAAAUAUCUUUCAAAUUCCUGGUUCUUUUGUGUGAAAAAAGAGGUAAGCUAUGACAGCCUGGAAUAUGUUGCACUAUGUGCCAAUUUUUCUUUAUACUAUUUUGUAUCUUAUUUGUGAUAUGGUUGUAUGUUAGAUUACAAUGCAUUCUGAAAUUUGAUGCUUUUGUAGUCUUUUGCAACAGAUCUGACCUAUUUCUUUGUUUUGCUUUUUGUAAGUUUUUUUCAACUACUGCAGAUGGAUACCCUCUAUUGAUAAAUUGUUGUUUUAAAAUAUCUGAUUGUGAAAGGAAAUCUUUUUCCAAAGAGCAAUUUCUUUUAAUUCUCAGGAAUUGUCCAUGAGGCAAAUUGUGCCUGAGAGCUGAAGGAUGAAAGCUAUCAAAACUGAGAUAAGUGUUUUUAUCUGUAGACUUCCUAUAGAUAGUGGUGUGAAGAUGAUUAUCUUU